AUGGACUUCACAUUCCACGAAGGCGUAAACGGCUCCGCGCCCUGGGUCGAGUUCUACCCCUACAACCCAUCUCAAACCGCUGGCUAUGCCUUCAUGGCCAUAUUCGGCAUAACGACAGUCGCCCACAUCAUUCUGAUGUUUCCAUACAAAGCGGCCUAUUUCAUUCCGCUAAUAUUAGGCGGAGUAUGCGAAACAUUUGGCUACUACGGCCGCGCCUGGUCCCACAAUAACAGAACCCUGAUCAAAUCCUGGGCCCUCCAACAAAUGCUCAUUCUCUGCGCGCCGCCCUUCGUCGCCGCAACAAUUUACAUGGUACUCGGUCGCAUCAUCCGCGCCUUCGAUGCCGAGCACCUCUCCCCCAUGCGAACUAAACGAAUAACCGUGCUCUUCGUGCUAAACGACGUUAUCUGUUUCCUGACCCAGCUCGGCGGCGCAGGCGUCCAGAUCACAGGCGAUGUCAAGGUCAUGGAUAUCGGACGGAAAGUCGUCCUCGUCGGACUUGUGUUUGCGCUUGUGGUGUUCCUGGUGUUUGUUUGGAUUGCGUGGGUGUUUCAUCGGAGACUAGCUGCUGAGCCGACGAGGGUGACGGCUGAGAACCCGGAUUUGGGCUGGAAGAGGUAUAUGUGGGCGAUGUAUGUGAGCUGUUUCUUUUUGAUGGUGAGAAAUUUGGUUAGGUUGGUGGAGUUCGGGGCGGUUAAGUCGGCUUUGAAUCAGCAGGAGGCAUAUAUUUAUGUCUUUGAUGCCGCUACGAUGUUUCUUUCUAUGGCGGUUUUGGUGUUUUGGCAUCCGGGAUUGUUGAUUAAGAAGGCGAGACGCGCUGGGGAGGCUGGGAGGUUGUGUGCUGGUAUGGAGGAGGGGGAGAGCGGUGAUGGGGUGCCUUUGGCUGGGUAUAAGGGGUAUCAGAGGUGUUGA